ACGUGGGGCGGCGCUCCCGGUCACGUGGGGCGGCGCGGGGCCGUCAUGGCGGCGGCGAUGGGGAAGGCGAAGGAGGAGGAGGCGCAGCGGCUGCUGAGCGAGGCCGAGCGGAAGGUCCGGGGGGCUCAGUCCUUCCUCGGGGGCCUCUUCGGGGGCUCCUCUCGGCUGGAGGAGGCCUGCGAGUGCUACACCCGCGCCGCCAACCUCUUCAAGAUGGCCAAAAACUGGAGCCAGGCAGGCUCCGCAUUUUCCCGUGCUGCAGGGCUGCAGCUGCAGCUGCAGAGCAAACACGAGGCCGCCUCCAACUUUGUGGACGCCGCCAACGCCUUCAAGAAGGCGGAUCCAGAGGAGGCUGUGAACUGCCUGCUCCGCGCCAUCGAGAUCUACACGGACAUGGGCCGUUUCACCAUUGCCGCCAAGCACCACGUGGGCAUCGCCGAGAUCUACGAGAGCGACCUGCUGGACAUCCACAAGGCCGUGGCGCACUACGAGCAGGCGGCCGAGUUCUACCGAGGGGAGGAAUCCACCAGCUCAGCCAAUAAGUGCCUGCUGAAGGUGGCGGCCUUCGCGGCGCAGUUGGAGCAGUUCCCGCGCGCCAUCGACAUCUACGAGCAGGUGGGGGCGGUGGCCAUGGACAGCCCCUUGCUCAAGUACAGCGCCAAGGAGCAUUUCUUCAGGGCAGCCCUCUGCCACUUCUGCAUCGACAUGCUCAACGCCAAGCUGGCGGUGCAGCGGUACGAGGAGAUGUUCCCGGCCUUCUCCGACUGCCGCGAGUGCAAACUGCUCAAGAAGCUGCUGGAGGCGCACGAGGAGCAGAACGUCGACGCCUUCACCGACGCCGUGAAGGAGUUCGACUCCAUCUCCCGCCUGGACCAGUGGCUGACGGCGCUGCUGCUGCGCAUCAAGAGGAGCAUCCAGAGCGACGAGCAGGACCUGCGCUGACAGCCCCAAAUCGCCCCAAAAUCACCCCAAAAUCACCCCAAAAACUGCCCAGAAACUGCCCGAGACCACCCCGAAAAUAUCCCAAAAACAGGCCAAAAAAACCUCCAAAAUACAACAAAGAUCCCAAAAA